ACGCUUGUUUCUACUCCCCACUUCCAAUGCAUGACCUCCGUGAUGACUCCAUUGACCUGUAUGUGGAUGAGUCGACUGGUCAUGAAUGUUAUUCGGGAACAGUAGAGUCUACCUCUCGAUUAUAUUCAGGUUACGCAGAAGUGCGUAUCUUCUCAAACGAUCGUGUGCCUGGCCUACUCUCCUUCUCAAUCUGGCCAAGAAAAUGACUGCACAUGGUGCGAAGGAUGACGCACCGCUGACAAGAUGUUCUGCUGUACAUUCUUCUGGGGAUUGCUUGGUUUCGGCCUGUCUAUCACCAUUCACCGAGCCAUAAAUGGUACAGUCUGUGUUUCUCCCCCUUGCUCUCUUCCUUCCCUUCCUCCUUGCCUGCGCUUGCGUUCGCAAGAAAACCAAUUUGGAGUUACUCCUCUACUCGUUGUUGUGGGGCAUGUGCAUACAUUUGGUACUGUGAGUGCAGUGCAAGACUAGUUCUGUAGAUGACAUCGGGGCCGGCGAGCCUCAUUAUCGUGUUUGCGGUUCAUUUCUUCGCACAUUGCAACUCUCAAGCUGUUUGACCAUCGGCGACAGGUGGAUUGAUGAGACACUCUAACCGGGUGAUUCAAGUCGCUUGGCUUGAUACCUGUCUGUCAAGGCUCGGCUUCUUCACUCAGCCCUCCCAUGGCUCGAGACUGAGUUCAGUCUUCCAAGCAUGGGUUUCGUCGUCCACGAAUACGACAGCACUGUCUCGACCAAGAAAUUAACUUCGCUCGAGGGGACACCAAUGGAAACGAUUCUUCCCUACCCUGUGACCGCUACAGCAGCCAAGUCCGUGAGCAGCAAACGAAGUCGACCGGUCAAGAAGACAACACGCUUUGGAACGCAUGGAGUGCUGGGUAGCCUGUGGUCGAACGUCAAACGGAGGUUUGGGACAGUAUCGAGUCCGUCAUUAUCGUCGUCAGAAAGGAGGGCGAGUAGUGUUGGGCAAUCGGUAUUGACGGCUGGGGCAGAUGAGGGGACCGGCGAUCCCGACAGAGUCGACCGCAUCGUCGUAGACCGUGUCUGGAACUGUAGUUCUCACAGCCCGAAUUCUGUCAAUGACGACUUGGAUGAUCACAGCCCACGAACCAAGUCAAGCUUGCCCGCAGUCCCUCCCAUGCCGUUUCAAGAGGGCUGGCAGCCGCAGGGCAAAUUCCUGGGCUCGUUCCCGACCAUCUUGUGGUCGAUCUUACGUCUUGUUCUCCAUUUCUUUAGUCCCAAAUUCCCCGAUGAGAAAGCCGAAAGGAACUACGGCCGGGAGGAUUGGAGCUACAGCAAACCAUUGGCCCGUUGGUCAGCAGUGUGGCUAAUCCUUAAUUGGAUUCUCGGGUGUGCGUUUACAUCCACGCCACGGGUGACCUUCGACGAUAUAUUCUUGUAUGGCGUGGGACCAAUUUUCAGCGUGCCUGUUAUUUUUCUUGUCGCGUUCGACUGGCCUCAAAAGCAUCCUGUUGUCUAUCAGACGUACAUUUGCUUCUCUCUUUGGAUGUGGGCAGUGUAUUAUAUUCUCACCGUGUGGUUAUGCGGGUAUUAUGAUCCACUAAACUCCCACUUCUCUUGUGGAACCAAAGACUUCAUCGGCAUGUUCUAUUACACCACUGCUCUGCAAGUCAUCGGAAUGUUUGGGUUGAGGGCGCAACGCUUGUGCACGACCAUCGGUGCAUUGUUUUUCUUCAUCCUUGCCUGUGUGACAGUUGCACCUUUGCGCCCUCGUUUCGUCCGAGCUUUGAUCAACUUUUUAGUCUUCAGCAUCUUCCUUGUUUAUGCCCAUUAUAUGAAGGAGAUGGCUGACCGGCGGUUGUUCACACUCCGAAAUCAACUAAAGAUCCAAUUCAAGGCAACACAGGCUGCCCAGAUCAACGAGCGCAAGGCAUGGGAUUCUAAAAGGCGUCUUACCUCAUACGUCUUCCAUGAGGUCCGAGUGCCCUUGAAUGCUGCUUUGCUAGCGGUACAGAAUCUCAAUUCGGCUGGGAUUGUGACUGGGGACCACGAAUUCGAACUGCAUGCUCUCAAUGAUAACCUCAACAUGAUGCGCAACGUGCUCAACGAUGUAUUGGACUUCAAUCGGAUGGACAGUGGCACAUUCGAAGUGUCCCGCCGGCCAUUCGCAUUCCAUAAUGCGAUCCGUUCUCUCUUUUUGCCCAUGCAACUGGCCACGAACGAGCGCGGUCAACAGUUUGUUCAUGAACUCGAUCCCAAUAUCGACAAGGUGGCACGAAGAGCUGCUUAUCAAGCGAUGGGCGAGAGCCCUGAGAUCGUGCGUGCCCACAUGAAACAGAGUCCAGAUGUCGCUGGCGUGUUGGUUGGAGAUCAGGUCCGAUUGCGACAGGUCAUAACUAAUCUCGCAAGUAAUGCGACCAAGUUCACGCCGCCAGGAGGCACUAUCCGCAUAAACACCAAGUUGGUCCAUCCGACUCCCGAAGAGGUUGCGGCGAUGGAAGGCCCUCUCACCCCCGUCAGCGAGCUGGAGAGCGCACCGAAACUCUCUGGAAUCGGAAAUGGAGAUCCUCUAUCCGCCUCGCAUCUUAGCCAGCACAAUUUGGCCUAUGGAGAAGAUCCACUAUGCGAGCUGAAGCACAUCGUCGUUCGCGUCGAGGUGACGGAUACUGGGUGUGGCAUAUCGAAGCGGGAUAUGGAAGAGGCUCAUCUCUUUUCUGCCUUCAAUCAGACCGAACAGGGAAAGCAGCAGGGCGGCAAGGGCACGGGACUGGGGUUAGCGCUGGUCAGACAGAUCAUCAAGCUCAGUGGAGGACGGCUGGGUGUUCGGUCCAAAGCAGGAGAGGGGAGCUGCUUCUGGGUUGAAGUCCCGCUCGGAGUUGGACGGGAAGCCCUCAUCCCACUGGAUAUGGAAUCCGACCACUCUUCGACAGACCCUGAUCUGAUCAAAGUGCGCAACGCUGCGAUGACGAAUACUGUAGUUUCAGUCACGAAAAAGAGCCUAGUCGCGGCUGUUGACUGUGCUGCCGCCAAAGCAUCCAAGAUUGCACCUCCGCUGGAAAGGUCCAGCACGGCCAUGCACAACAUUAUGGAACAAGGCGGUAAAGUCGAGCUCAGAAUCGCACAAACUUCGAGCGAGACGUUGACUCAGAACUUGAACCAUGUCCCACCCGAUCAUACGGGCGCCGACGACACCUCCUCUGCCCAUGAGCUGAAGCCUCUGUCCUCGUCGCUCUUCGAGGGUUCUGUUCUUUCCGCUGAGCAGGUCUCCCUGACAGACACGACUCCUGAACCAGCUCCUCCCCGAGACACGGGCUUCCAACGGCCCACCUAUCUUCCCAUGCCCAGUCGAUCGAUUCCGGGAACGGUGGCGAAGUCGACUCUUGCAGCAAGCACGUCGUCGUCACCAUUGUCCCAAUUCGACACGCAAUUCCAGGGUAUUCCGACUCCUUCAUCCAAUUCCGCGCUGCCGUUUGAUCCAGGCCUGACUGUGCUUGUCGUCGAUGACGAUUUUGUCACUCGCAGUCUGAUGAAACGGCUGCUGCUUCGAAUGGGCUGUACGGUUGAGCUCGCCGAGAACGGUUAUGCGGCUUUGCUUGCCAUCGGAGCUGUCUCUACUCCUGCCAGCGAAGGCUCUACCACGAGUAGCAAUACCCUUGGACCGAUUCUUGGGCGCCCGGACUCAGAUUCCACGGAAGAGAAGUUCCAUAUCAUCUUCCUAGAUAAUCAAAUGCCUCUGGUCAGUGGCAUAACCGCAGUGGCCAAGUUACGCGAAUGGGGAAGACGAGACUUCGUCGUUGGAGUUACUGGCAAUGCUUUACUCUCAGAUCAGGAAGAGUAUUUGGCAGCAGGGGUUGACCAUGUCUUGACAAAACCUAUCGAUCAAUCUGAUGUACGCAAAAUGUUGGAGCUCGCAGACAGAAGGCGAAAAAGUCAGCUCGAAACCCCACCACCGACUUGAUAUGGCAUAUCUUAUUUACCUCGCUCUCGUUAAUCUUAGGGUCUGUAUUAUUAUUGCAUGCAUCUUUACUACACUACGGAUACAUUCCAUACAUGGACGGGUGUAGGCGCGUAGCAUCGCUUGUAACAUCUCUCAAGCUCCUAGCCGCAUUGCCGAAGCUAAAUCAAAAAUCGCCGAGAAAGGCAACAAACAAUCAACUCUUCAAACAAUACCACGACCCACCAUGUCGGGGCCAGAAUCUCGCGAUUCCUCUCCUCACCCGACGGAGACUAAGCCCCAGUUGGAUUCUUCAUCCAUCGCUCCCCCAUCUCCCACAAACUCAGAUCCAGAUACGAAGACCUCGCGAAAACGGGAACGGGAAGUGUCCCUCGAGCCGGCGACCACCCCCCAGACAUCCAUGGACAACAUCAACGAUGCGUCAGGCAAGGCAGACAUCCGCACACCAGCGCGCAAGAGCCGGCGCAAACUGAGCUCGCCUGUUGAGGAGGAGGAUGACGUGUUGGGCUCUGGAGCGGGCCGGUCGAGAUCGUCAUCUCCGGGUGUGGGUGCGAUGACCGUGUCUCCUCCCCAGGAGAUGAAGAUUCGCGUGCGUCAGAUUAGCCAGGGUGUUGGAGACCUCAGCUGGAAGAACAUACACUCUGGUGGGGAAACGGGCGAUGGCGGCGACAAAAUGGAACCCCAACCUACGGCUGUGCCUGAAGACCCGAUGGAGGACACAUCUGCGGGUGUUGACGGCGAGGGCGACGAAUCUGGCCCGACCAAGAGCACUCCUCCGGUGCCGACGGAAGAUGCGAUGGAGAUCAAGCCCAACGAGUCUUCGCAGACGACGACGAGCGCGAGAUCUUCGCGACGAGACUCAAUGUCAGACAACGGCGAACGCGAAAAGGGCCUCAAGCGUACGUUCCUCGAGCGAGGGUCUAGCGCCGGUCCCCAGGAAAGCAGUGAAGAAUCCAAAGCGUCUACGGAGCCACUCAAACGGCCUAGAGAUGACCCCGACAAAGACGUGAAUCCUCGAGAGACCAAGAGACCCACACCGCCUCCAGAGCAAGAGAGAGUUUCGCCUGUGCUUGCUGCCCCAGCGCCCAAACUGGGCGGAUUUAUGGCUUAUGCCUCCACGAGCUCUCCAUUCGCUGGUGUAAAAGGAGAAAAUCUGUUCAAGAAAAGCGGCACCCCGGUGUCAUUCGCAUCAGCAGCUCCAAUGGUUCCCAAUACGUCCGCAUUCAGCGCGAAAUCGGCUUCGCUUCCGAUUUCAUUUGCACCAACUCCGUCGCCGUCGUCUUCGUCGUCGUCGUCGACCUCCAAGCGUCCCGUCUUUGGAAUGUCCUCUUCGCCAUUCGGAGCGUCUAUGAAAGCUAAGCAAGAUGUUCUCGGCACGCCGUCCAAAUUGGCUCGUGCCAAGUCACCGACCCGGCGGGCUAAUCCGGCGGCAGUCAAUGCGUUUUCAGCGUAUGCAAGUGGCGGAAUCACCUCUUUCGCGCUUCCAGGCAAAGCAGGGCGUUCUGAGACACCGGAUGACAAUGCGAGCAUCCCUGGGUCGGCUUAUUCGAACGGGGCUGCUGAAAACGGGGUGGAGGACGAGCGGGACGAGAGAUCAGCGACGUUUGGCGAGAUCCUGAGAGCAGGGAAGGAUGAAGAGGAAGACAAGAGCGACGAGGAUGCUAAAGUUGUCUUGACGGAGCAGGAUGUGAUGACUGGUGAGGAGAAUGAACAUACUGUCCAUCAAGUUCGCGGGAAGCUGUUCAUGUUGGACGAGGAAUCGGCUUGGAAAGAGCGGGGAACGGGGACUCUCAAGCUGAACGUUAGACAAUCUGACCACGGUGGAGCGAGAUUGAUUAUGCGCAAGGAAGCUGUAUACACGCUGCUUCUCAACGUGACGCUCUUCCGAGGUAUGCAAUGUGCGCUGGCCCAGGACCCUCGAUAUCUGCGCAUCAGCGUCCUUGAGAGAGGCCACACAACGCAUUACAAUCUGCGACUCGCUACUGCCAAAGCAGCAACAGACCUGAUGGAAGCUAUACACGCGGAGGUUCCGCAGUGAGGAUGAGGAUUUUUGUCCGAGGUUCACUUCCCCGAUCUUACUUAUGCUAAUACAAAAUGCUCUGUGUAUCACCUGAUCCUUUCGUCUCUUCGAUUACUUGUAGGGAGUUUUCGACUAGGACCGAAUGGAUCCCUUGUGCUUUUUAUGUUGA